CGCCGCCCUCCAGCCCCGCCGCUGAGUCGCCCCCCGCCUUGCCCGCAUCAUGAUCGCCGCCGCUUUCCUCGUCUUGCUGAGACCCUACAGCAUCCAAUGUGCCCUCUUUCUCUUGUUGCUUCUGCUGGGCACCAUCGCCACCAUCGUUUUCUUCUGCUGCUGGCACCGCAAGCUCCAGAAAGGGAGGCAUCCGAUGAAAUCGGUCUUUUCGGGUCGUUCAAGAAGCCGAGAUGCGGUUCUGAGAUCUCACCACUUUCGUUCUGAGGUAAUUUAUUUAGCGCGCACACUCAAGGGAUUCAGAGCAAGUCCUCGGCACAUCAGACGGCGGGUUGCAGCAGCUGCAGCUGCCCGACUGGAAGAAGUGAAGCCCGUGGUGGAAGCUCACCAUCAGAGUGAGCAAGAAACUUCAGUGAGGAAGCGAAGAAUCAAGAAAAAUAGCCGAGUCCAACCAGAAUUUUACCACUCUGUUCAAGGUGCCUCAACCAGAAGGCCUAGUUCCGGGAACGCGUCCUAUCGCUGCUCUAUGUCUUCCUCUGCGGAUUUUUCUGACGAGGAUGAUUUCAGCCAGAAAUCGGGCUCCGCAUCUCCAGCUCCGGGAGACACCUUACCCUGGAAUUUGCCUAAACAUGAGAGAUCGAAAAGAAAGAUUCAGGGGGGCUCCGUGCUGGACCCUGCUGAGAGGGCUGUGCUUAGGAUCGCAGAUGAACGGGACAAAGUUCAGAAGAAAACAUUUACAAAAUGGAUAAAUCAGCAUCUCAUGAAGGUUCGGAAACAUGUGAAUGAUCUCUAUGAAGACUUAAGGGACGGACACAAUUUGAUCUCUCUCUUAGAGGUUCUUUCAGGAGAUACCUUGCCAAGGGAGCGAGAUUUUUUGAAGACCUUACGAUUGGUGAGUGCCACAGAAGCAUGCGCAUAUGAACAGCAUGAGGAUGUGGAGGAUGAGGAUAAGGGGCCCAGAGAAAAAGGUCGGAUGCGUUUCCACAGGCUACAGAAUGUACAAAUUGCACUUGACUAUUUGAAAAGACGCCAGGUGAAAUUAGUGAAUAUUAGAAAUGAUGACAUAACAGAUGGAAAUCCCAAAUUGACUUUGGGAUUAAUAUGGACAAUAAUUUUGCACUUUCAGAUAUCUGAUAUCCAUGUCACUGGAGAGUCAGAGGAUAUGUCUGCAAAAGAGAGAUUGCUGCUGUGGACACAACAGGCAACAGAGGGUUACGCUGGAAUACGAUGUGAAAAUUUCACUACCUGCUGGAGAGAUGGAAAACUAUUUAAUGCCAUCAUUCAUAAAUACAGGCCGGACCUGAUAGACAUGAAUACUGUUGCUGUUCAAAGCAACCUUGCAAAUUUAGAGCACGCUUUUUAUGUAGCAGAAAAAAUUGGUGUCAUUAGACUUCUGGACCCUGAAGAUGUUGAUGUCUCUUCACCUGAUGAAAAAUCAGUAAUAACUUAUGUGUCAUCUCUCUAUGAUGCAUUUCCUAAAGUCCCUGAAGGUGGCGAAGGCAUUGGAGCAAAUGAUGUUGAAGUCAAAUGGAUUGAAUACCAGAAUAUGGUGAACUACCUCAUCCAGUGGAUUAGACACCAUGUGACCACAAUGUCAGAGAGAACAUUUCCUAAUAAUCCUGUAGAACUAAAGGCACUUUAUAAUCAGUAUUUACAGUUUAAAGAAACAGAAAUCCCACCAAAAGAGACAGAAAAAUCAAAAAUUAAACGCCUCUAUAAACUACUAGAGAUAUGGAUAGAAUUUGGACGCAUCAAACUCCUUCAAGGUUAUCAUCCAAAUGACAUAGAAAAAGAGUGGGGAAAACUCAUCAUUGCCAUGCUCGAGAGGGAAAAGGUGCUUCGUCCAGAAGUGGAAAGGUUGGAAAUGCUGCAGCAGAUUGCCAACCGAGUUCAGAGGGACAGCGUCAUCUGUGAAGACAAACUGAUACUUGCCCGAAAUGCUCUCCAGUCUGAUUCUAAAAGGUUGGAAUCAGGUGUACAAUUUCAAAAUGAAGCAGAAAUUGCUGGGUACAUAGUUGAAUGUGAGAACUUUUUACGCCAGCAUGUAAUUGAUAUACAGAUUCUUACCGAUGGAAAAUACUACCAGGCAGAUCAGUUGGUACAGAGGGUUGCAAAACUGCGUGAUGAAAUUUUGGCCUUAAGGAAUGAGUGUUCCUCUGUGUACAGCAAAGGACGCAUGUUGACAACGGAACAGACUAAGCUCAUGAUAUCAGGAAUCACUCAGAGUUUAAACUCAGGAUUUGCACAGACCUUAAACCCCUGUCUGAACUCAGGACUGACCCAGAGUUUAACCUCAUCCCUGACCUCUUCUAGUGUGACUUCUGGCCUGUCAUCAGGGAUGACAUCCCGCCUGACUCCAUCUGUCACUCCAGCUUUUACACCUGGUUUCCCAUCAGGAUUAGUUCCGAAUUUCAGUUCAGGAGUAGAGCCAAAUUCUUUGCAGACUCUGAAAUUGAUGCAGAUCCGAAAACCCCUUCUAAAGUCUUCUUUGCUGGAUCAGAAUUUGACAGAAGAAGAAAUCAACAUGAAAUUUGUUCAGGAUCUUUUGAAUUGGGUCGAUGAGAUGCAGGUACAGCUGGAUCGCACUGAAUGGGGCUCAGAUUUGCCAAGUGUUGAAAGCCAUUUAGAAAAUCAUAAAAAUGUUCACCGAGCUAUUGAAGAAUUUGAAUCUAGCCUUAAAGAAGCUAAAAUCAGUGAGAUUCAAAUGACAGCACCUCUUAAGCUAACCUAUGCAGAAAAGUUGCACAGAUUAGAGAGUCAGUAUGCAAAACUCUUGAACACAUCCAGGAAUCAAGAACGGCACCUUGAUACACUCCAUAAUUUUGUAACUCGAGCAACUAAAGAACUUAUUUGGUUAAAUGAAAAAGAGGAGGAGGAAGUUGCGUAUGAUUGGAGCGAAAGAAAUACCAACAUAGCUCGAAAGAAAGAUUAUCAUGCUGAAUUAAUGAGAGAACUAGAUCAAAAGGAAGAAAAUAUUAAAUCAGUUCAGGAGGUAGCAGAGCAGCUCCUUCUGGAAAAUCACCCAGCCCGGUUAACUAUUGAGGCCUACAGAGCUGCCAUGCAGACUCAGUGGAGCUGGAUCUUACAACUCUGCCAGUGUGUGGAGCAGCACAUAAAGGAGAACACUGCAUAUUUUGAGUUUUUCAAUGAUGCCAAAGAAGCUACUGAUUAUUUAAGGAAUCUAAAAGACGCCAUUCAGCGGAAGUAUAGCUGUGAUAGAUCAAGCAGCAUUCACAAGCUGGAAGACCUUGUUCAGGAAUCAAUGGAAGAGAAAGAAGAACUUCUACAGUAUAAGAGCUCAGUAGCAAGUCUGAUGGGGAGAGCCAAAACAAUCAUUCAGCUGAAGCCAAGGAAUCCUGACUGUCAACUCAAAACUUCAAUUCCAAUCAAAGCUAUCUGUGACUACCGACAAAUUGAGAUAACCAUAUACAAAGAUGACGAAUGUGUUUUGGCAAAUAACUCUCAUCGUGCUAAAUGGAAGGUCAUUAGUCCUACUGGUAAUGAGGCCAUGGUCCCAUCUGUGUGCUUCACUGUUCCUCCACCAAAUAAAGAAGCAGUUGACUUUGCAAACAGAAUUGAGCAACAGUAUCAAAAUGUCCUGACUCUUUGGCAUGAGUCUCACAUUAACAUGAAGAGUGUAGUAUCCUGGCAUUAUCUCAUCAAUGAAAUUGAGAGAAUUCGAGCUAGCAAUGUGGCUUCAAUCAAGACAAUGUUGCCUGGUGAACAUCAGCAAGUUCUGAGUAAUCUCCAGUCUCGUUUUGAAGAUUUUCUGGAAGACAGCCAGGAAUCCCAAGUAUUUUCAGGCUCUGAUAUAACACAACUUGAAAAGGAAGUUAAUGUAUGUAAACAGUAUUACCAAGAACUUCUUAAGUCUGCAGAAAGAGAGGAGCAAGAGGAAUCAGUUUAUAAUCUCUACAUCUCUGAAGUUCGAAACAUUAGACUUAGAUUAGAGAACUGUGAAGAUCGACUAAUCAGACAGAUCCGAACUCCCCUGGAAAGAGAUGAUUUGCAUGAAAGUGUGUUCAGAAUCACAGAGCAGGAGAAACUAAAGAAAGAGCUGGAACGACUUAAAGAUGAUUUAGGAACCAUCACAAAUAAAUGUGAAGAGUUUUUCAGUCAAGCAGCAGCCUCUUCAUCUGUUCCUACCCUAAGAUCUGAGCUCAGCGUGGUUGUUCAGAACAUGAACCAAGUCUAUUCUAUGUCUUCUACAUACAUCGAGAAGCUGAAAACAGUUAAUUUGGUAUUAAAAAACACUCAAGCUGCAGAAGCCCUUGUAAAACUUUAUGAAACCAAACUGUGUGAAGAAGAAGCAGUUAUAGCUGACAAGAAUAAUAUUGAGAAUCUAAUAAGUACUUUAAAGCAAUGGCGGUCUGAAGUUGAUGAAAAGAGAGAGGUUUUCCACGCCCUGGAGGACGAGUUGCAGAAGGCAAAGGCCAUCAGUGAUGAAAUGUUUAAGACGUAUAAAGAAAGGGACCUUGAUUUUGACUGGCACAAGGAAAAAGCAGAUCAGUUAGUUGAAAGGUGGCAAAAUGUUCAAGUGCAGAUUGACAACAGGCUACGGGACUUGGAGGGCAUCGGGAAAUCACUAAAAUAUUACAGAGACACCUAUCAUCCUUUAGAUGAAUGGAUCCAGCAGGUGGAAACUACUCAGAGAAAGAUUCAAGAAAAUCAGCCUGAAAACAGCAAAACCCUAGCCACACAGUUGAAUCAACAGAAGAUGCUGGUGUCUGAAAUAGAAAUGAAACAAAGCAAAAUGGAUGAAUGUCAAAAAUAUGCAGAACAAUACUCAGCUAUAGUAAAGGACUAUGAGUUACAAACUAUGACCUACCGGGCCAUGGUAGAUUCACAACAAAAAUCUCCAGUGAAACGCCGAAGAAUGCAGAGCUCAGCAGAUCUCAUUAUUCAAGAGUUCAUGGACCUACGGACCCGGUACACUGCUCUAGUUACCCUCAUGACACAAUAUAUUAAAUUUGCUGGUGAUUCAUUGAAAAGGCUGGAAGAGGAGGAGAAGUCACUGGAAGAAGAAAAGAACGAGCAUGUCGAAAAAGCCAAAGAGUUACAGAAAUGGGUAUCAAAUAUCAACAAGACAUUGAGAGAUGGAGAGAAGGCUGGAAAAUCUCCCUUCUCUAAGCAAAAGAUUUCCAGUGAGGAAAUAUCAGCCAAGAAAGAACAGCUAUCUGAAGCACUUCAAACCAUGCAGCUCUUUCUGGCUAAACAUGGAGACAAAAUGACAGAAGAAGAAAGAAAUGAAUUGGAAAAACAAGUCAAAACUCUUCAAGAAGGUUAUAAUUUACUGUUCAGUGGAUCUCUGAAACAAGAAUCACAAACCUCAGGCGAUACAAAGGUAGAGGAGAAGCUGGAUAAAGUGAUUGCAGGCACCGUUGAUCAGACAACUGGAGAAGUCCUUUCAGUCUUUCAGGCAGUUUUAAGAGGCCUCAUUGACUAUGACACAGGAGUCAGGUUGCUUGAGACACAGCUGAUGAUUUCUGGUCUAAUUUCACCAGAGUUAAAAAAGUGCUUUGACCUCAAAGAUGCUGAAAGACAAGGCCUUAUUGAUGAACAAAUUUUGUGCCAACUCAAAGAGUUAAAUAAAGCUAAGGAGAUGAUUUCUGCUGUGCCAUCUACCACAAUUCCUGUGCUGGAUGCUCUUGCUCAAGGCGUGAUAUCAGAAUCCAUGGCUGUCAAAGUUCUUGAGAUACUGCUUUCCACAGGCUUUCUGGUUGUUCCAGCUACGGGAGAACAGUUGACCCUACACAAAGCAUUCCAGCAGAACUUGGUUUCCUCAACAUUAUUUUCUAAAGUUCUAGAAAGGCAAAAUAUGUGCAGGGACCUAAUUGACCCCUGCACCUCUGAGAAGGUGUCUUUAGUAGAUAUGGUACAAAGAAGUGUUUUACAGGAAAGUACUGGGAUGUGGUUUCUACCUGUGAGACCACAAGAAGGGGGCAGAAUAACGUUAAAAUGUGGAAGAAGCAUAAGCAUUUUAAGAGCUGCUCAUGAAGGUCUCAUAGACCGUGAGACCAUGUUUAGGUUAUUGGGUGCUCAGCUUCUGUCUGGUGGUCUAGUCAAUUGUAACUCUGGUCAAAAACUGACUGUUGAAGAAGCCAUGGCAGAAGGGGUGCUUGACAGAGACACUGCCCACAGUAUUCUCACCUAUCAGGUUCAAACAGGUGGAAUCAUCCACUCUAAUCCCGCUAAACGCUUAACAGUAGAUGAGGCAGUCCAGUGUGAUCUGAUAACUUCCAGCAGUGCUCUCUUGGUUCUAGAGGCUCAGCGAAGCUAUGUUGGACUCAUUUGGCCCCAUUCUGGUGAAAUAUUCCCUACAUCUUCCUCCUUGCAGCAAGAGUUGAUUACAAAUGAGUUGGCCUACAAAAUACUGAAUGGCAGGCAGAAAAUAGCUGCUCUUUAUAUUCCAGAAAGUUCUCAAGUCAUUGGUUUGGAUGUUGCCAAGCAGCUCGGAAUUAUAGAUAAUAAAACAGUAUCAGUUUUAAAGAAUAUAACACUGCCAGAUAAAAUGCCUGAUUUAGGAGACUUAGAGACAUGUAAAAAUGCCAGAAGAUGGCUCUCUUUCUGUAAAUUCCAGCCAUCUACAGUUCAUGAUUACAGGCAAGAAGAGGAUGUUUUUGAUGGAGAAGAGCCAGUGACAACUCAGAACUCAGAACAAACUAAAAAAUUAUUUUUAUCUUACUUGAUGGUAAAUAGUUAUAUGGAUGCCAACACAGGGCAGAGGCUUUUGCUGUAUGAUGGAGACUUGGAUGAGGCAGUUGGUAUACUACUAGAAGGUUGCAGGGCAGAAUUUGAGGAGGACAUACCCACAAGAGAAAGUCCUGAUGUCUUAAGCUUCCCUGGUGUAGUUCUUACUAAUGUUCCAAGAAUAGAAAAGGAUGAAUGUGCAACUUCACCAGCUACUUUUUAUAAAUCUCAUUACACUGAACCUGAACAUGAAGAGAAUCCUGAAAAUAGAAAGUGUGCCAUAGCUGAAGACUUUCAUGAAAUGGGAAAUAAUGUUAUCACUAGUGCAUCUUACCAGUCUGACAACCUGGCAAAUACAAUAACAAUUGAUAAUAAAGUUAACAGUUCAUCCAGUGUAUGUGUUCCCAAUCCCUUAUCAUAUUUGACACAAACUGAACUUGGAAAAGAUAGCAUGCUUAGACAUGGCUCUGAAAACAUACUUAAUAAAUGUGAAAGUCAAAGUCAACUUGCAACAAAUGAACAUGCAGAUGAAAACAGCUGUUCUAAAAACAUUCAAAACUUUGCAAGUGAUUUGAUAACAAAUCCUAUCAUGACAUUGAAAACUGGUAGACUCUGUGAUUUGAAUGAAUUGGAGAAUGAGGAUAACAUCAGCCAGGAUGCAUCUAUCUUUGACUAUUCCCCCAGGCUAAGUGCCUUAUUAAGCCAUGAUAAAUUGAGGCACAGUCAGGGAGAUUUAAAUAAUGGACACACCCCAGAGAGCAAUGGCAAUAAAUAUGAAGCCUCUUCAUUGUCAUUUAAUGACCAAAGCAUGUUAUCAGAUCAAAGAAUGGGAGAAAAAUUUCAAGACCAGUUUCUAGGAAUUGCAGCUAUUAACAUCAGCUUACAGGAAGAGCACCUUGAACAAAAAUCUUUAAAUAUUGGCAGUAGUACCUCUCAAGUACAAUAUCAUAAUGAUAAAUAUGUGUCACAUACUUCUGGGGAGAAUGAAAAAUUGCCUGAUGCUUCUCAGCCGAAAGCUGAAGAGGAGCAAAAGGAGUGUGAAGUGGAAGAGGACUCCUGUGCCAUGUCUCCAAGGGGUGGUCCUGAUAGUGCCAGCCCACCUCACAUACCUGGUAAACUGUGGCAUGAAGAAAUUGCCAGAGCUGGUGACUAUGAAACGUCACUGCUGGAUGAUCAGCAGAGUGACACAGGAACAGACACUGAUAGUGAUGAUGACUUUUAUGACACUCCCUUGUUUGAAGAUGAUGACCAUGAUUCUCUGCUUCUUGAAGGUGAUGACCAUGAUUGUCUGCAGCCCGAGGACUAUGAUACACUACAAGAGGAAACAGAUGGGACAGCGCCUCCUGGUGAAAUUUUUUAUGAUGUUCCAAAAGAGAAUGAAGAUUUUGUGGUUGCCCAGGAGGAACUAGUUGGUAGCUUAAAUUUGAGGGGCAGAGCACAAUGUCUGCAGGAUUUUCUUGUAGGUAUUGAGAAAGCUGAAUUUGAUUCUGGUGACAGAAAGCAUUUAAGAUCUGCUGACUUAGAUGUGAGUGUAUCAGAAAGGGGACCCACAAAUGACCUUGAAGGUGACGAGUGCGACUCAUUGACUGAUAAUGAAACUGUGGGAAAGGAAGAGAGCUUUGGUGCUUCAUUAAAAUUUGAUGACACUGGCAGUUGGAGAGGAAGAAAACAAGAGGUUGAAACUGGAAAAGAAUUUGAAUCUGAUACUGAUCAUUUAGAUUCUGUGCAAAGUGAAGAAAGUUAUGGGGAUUUUAUAUGUGACAGUAAUGAUCAGGAUGACAACGAUGAUGAUGACAAUCUUGGUAAUGAUGAUCUUGAUGAGGAGGAAGGGGGAGAAGUGGAAGAUGAGAAUGGAAGACCAAUGUGCCAAAAUAAGGCUGAAGAUGGCCAGUUUUGUUCCACUGCUGGAAAGGAAAACAGUGAUGAAAAUCAAAAUAUUCGUAAAAUGAUUCUCUUGGAUGAAAUGUAUAAUUGUAAUUCUUUAGAAAAACUGCAAAGUGUAAGUGUUCUACAGCUAGAAUCAGCUAGCGAGGGCAACGUAUUUACUGAAAGAGGCAGCCUUCCAGAACAUAUAACUGAGGUUGUUGGAAAAAGCAAAGAAAAUCUGUCAAGUCAGGAGAUGGCACUUAAAGAUUUAUUGCUGCCUGUCACUGAAUAUACUGAAUCAGAAAAAGCCUUAGGUCCUGAAGGUGUUUCACAAAAUAACAUCAGUUCACCUUCUGAAUUCGAGAGUAGUCCAGUGAACACAAAGGUCAAAUUGAUUCAAGGGCCAGAAUCUGCAGACUUUGUGAAAGGCAGAGAUCAAUAUCUUGAGACUGUAACAUCUAAAGGUGACUCAUCUUAUAAUAAAAUCAUUUGUUCUGAGCCUGAGUUAACAGGAAAACCUGCAGAAGGCCAGGUGUCUUCCGUAGUCUCUGUGAUAGACAGAGAUCACCAAGGAAAUGGAAGAAGUUCAACUAAAGGGAAAAACAGCAAAAGCAAUAUGCAAACAGAGGAUGAGACUUCAGUUCAGAAAAUGUGCUUAGAACAAGGAGAACUGCUUUUAGAAGGCCCAGAAGAAGAAAAUAAAUACCUCAAACAUUUACCUAAUAAAAGAGAGAACCUCAAGCUAGACAAGACUCAGUUUCCAUUGCUGUACAUCACAAACAAUGAAGAACUUAAUCAGAAAGGAAGCCUGAAAGAAGCAACUGUAACUUUUAAAGAUGAAUCGAAGGAGACACAAACAAUGAUUAGUAAAAGUCCAGUUCAAUUUGAGGAUCUUGAAGAAAUAUUUGACACAUCAGUUUCCAGAGUGGACAGUGAUGACAUUUCUUCACAUAUGACCUUGUCUGAAGGGAAUACCAGCCUCAAGGAAGGUUCAGUCACUGAGGGUUCUGAGAAAAAACUUGAGUUGUUCACUUCUUUAAAACAUUGUGCUAAAAAUAUCAAAGCAAAAGAUGUGCUGAAACUGAAUGAAGUCAACCCAAGGCAUGUCUUAAUAGCUGCUCCUCCCAUGAAAGAAGAUAUGCAGGUAGAAGUUAAUAAUAUGAAAGUGAAGUCAACACCUACCCAAGAAGACCAGCCUCUAGAUGACACAGUUCAGCAAAAUGAUCUUUGUACUAAAGAAAGUAUCUUGGAAGGAGCAACACAAAUUCCUCAGUUCACACCAGAAAACAGCAAAACCACCCUUUCAGUCCUACCUCUUAAAAAUGUGGAAGACCUUGAAGAAAAUAGCAAUUUUGUAAAGUCAGAGCUCUAUAUGAAUGGAAUAAAAAAUAAUAACUCUAGUAACAUUUUAGAAACUGACUCCUCAGAAAUUAAUGAUAAGAAAGAAAGAGUUGAGAAACAGUCACCAAAAGAACAAGCCUCGUCUCUAAGACCCCAAGAAAAGGAGGUUCAGAUUCCUGAUUUAUCUUCAGUACUUGUGGAGGAUUUAAAGGAUAUCUUAAAAAGCGGUUUGAAAGAAGGCCAUAGAAAUCCUCAAGAGGUGGGAGACCUUUCAACUUGUGCAGAUGCUAAAAUUUUAAUUCAAGACUUAAUUAAAAGGGUUAGUUCAUCACAGUUGGUAAAUGAAGCAUCUAGUGUGCCCAGUGACUGUAAAAACGAUGAUAACUAUGGAAUUUGCCCAAUGGGUAACUCAUCAGAACUGAAGGCAGAAAAGAGAGAUGAUGCUUUCUGUUUUGCAAAUCUGAAGUCUGAGCUUCUCCUUGAUGUACUGAAGCAAAAUCAACAGAAUCAGAAAGUCACAGGAGUUUUGGAGUUGAUGAGAGAUUUAACUCAAACAGAUUGUGACCUAGAGAAAAGAGAGAUUUCAUCUAGAGUACUUCCACUGCAACUUGAACAGAUUUUCUGCAAGCUACUUUCUGAUGGAUAUUCAGAAAAAGGAGAAGAGACGGGAAUCGUGACUCCAAAAACAGGUACUGCUUGUGAGAUAGUGGAAGAAAAGCCACACGUUCUUGAUUAUCUUAAACACAAAGAAGGAAAUCUCUGUUCCCUUAACUUACAAACUACAAAAGAAAUUGGACUGGAAAGUUCUGCUGGGUGUGCUUCAGCAUUACCAAGAGACGGAAAGCUUGAGCAGCUCUAUAGUGAUUUCCCAAACCACUUGGAAUGUAUUUCUGGAUCAAAAGAAAUUACCUCUGGGGUUAGCUCAGUGGAACAAUUUUCCACUGAGUUGCAGCAGUGUUUACAGCACACUGAAAAAAUGCACGAAUAUUUGGCUUUGCUUCAAGAUAUGAAGCCCCCCCUAGACAACAAUGAGUCUGUGGAUAACAAUCUAGAAGCUUUAAAGAAUCAACUGAAACAGUUAGAGACAUUUGAACUGGGAUUGGCUCCAAUUGCUGUGAUUUUAAGAAAAGAUAUGAAGUUGGCAGAAGAGUUCUUGAGGUCUCUUCCCAGUAACUUCCCCAGAAGACAUCUUGAGGAGCUGAGCAUGAGCCAGCAGAGCUUGCAGGCUGCCUUCUCUUCCCUUGGCAGUGUGUCUUCAGAAAGAAUGAAGCAUAUUAUGCUUGCAGUGGACUCUGAAAUGUCUAAACUAGCAGUUUCCCAUGAGGAAUUUCUGCAUAAACUUCAGUCUUUCUCAGAUUGGAUAUCAGAAAAGAGCAAAUCUGUGAAGGAUAUUGAGACUGUGAAUGUUCAAGAUCCUGAACAUGUAAAGAAAAGUUUGGCGUUUCUUAAGAAUGUGUUAAAAGAUCUUGGACAUACCAAAAUGCAACUGGAGACUACUGCCUUCGAUAUUCAGUUCUUCAUUUCUGAAUAUGCACAAGAUUUGUCCCCCAACCAAAGCAGACAACUGCUGAGGCUCUUAAAUACAACUCAGAAGUGUUUUCUUGAUGUACAGGAAUCAGCAACUACUCAUGUGCAACGUUUAGAGACUCAGUUACAGCUAGAACAAGAUCUCGAUGAUCAGAAGAUUGUGGCAGAGCGUCAACAGGAAUACAAAGAGAAACUGCAAGGGAUAUGUGAUCUCCUCACCCAGACUGAGAACCGCCUAAUCGGUCACCAAGAAGCCUUUGUGAUUGGAGAUGGCACCAUGGAGUUGAAGAAGUACCAGUCCAAGCAAGAGGAGUUGCAGAAAGAUAUGCAGGGAAGUGCACAGGCAUUGGCUGAAAUAGUGAAAAACACAGAGAACUUCUUAAAAGAGAAUGGUGAAAAGCUGUCCCAAGAAGAUAAGGCUUUGAUAGAACAGAAACUUAAUGAAGCGAAGAUAAAAUGUGAACAGCUGAAUUUAAAGGCAGAACAAUCGAAAAAGGAGCUGGAUAAAGUUGUGAAGACAGCAAUCAAGGAAGAAACUGAAAAGGUUGCCGCUGCGAAGCAGCUGGAAGAGAGUAAAACCAAAAUAGAAAACCUUUUGGACUGGUUGUCAAAUGUCGACAAAGAGUCAGAAAGGGCGGGGGCAAGACACAAGCAGGUCAUUGAGCAGAAUGGGACCCAUUUUCAAGAAGGCAAUGGGAGGUCGGCGAUGGGAGAAGAGGAUGAAGUCAAUGGUAACUUGCUAGAAACUGACCUUGAUGGGCCUGUUGGAACCACUGAGGAGAAUCUGAACCAGCAGUACCAGAAAGUGAAGGCUCAACACGAAAAGAUCAUCUCUCAGCACCAAGCAGUCAUCAUAGCCACACAGUCCGCACAAGCACUGCUCGAAAAACAGGGCCACUAUCUCUCUCCUGAGGAAAAAGAGAAACUGCAAAAGAACAUGAAGGAACUGAAGGUACAUUAUGAAACUGCACUGGCAGAGUCUGAGAAGAAAAUGAAGUUAACACACUCCCUGCAGGAAGAGUUAGAGAAGUUUGAUACUGAUUAUAGUGAGUUUGAGCACUGGCUCCAGCAGUCGGAGCAAGAGCUUGAAAACCUGGAAGCAGGUGCAGAUGACUUCAGUGGCUUAAUGGCCAAGUUGAAGAGGCAGAAGAGUUUCUCAGAAGAUGUCAUUUCUCACAAAGGUGACCUGAGGUACAUCACAAUUUCUGGAAACAGGGUGUUGGAAGCUGCCAAAUCUUGCAGCAAGAAAGAGGGAGGCAAGGUCAGCAAGGAUAACAUUGACACUUCUGCAACCUACAAAGAAGUCCAGAGCAAACUAGAUCAUGCUACUGAUCGCUUCAGGUCUCUCUACUCUAAGUGCAAUGUUCUUGGAAAUAAUCUUAAAGAUCUGGUGGACAAAUAUCAACACUACGAAGAUGCUUCAUGUGGACUUCUUUCUGGGCUUGAGGCCUGUGAGGCCAUAGCGAGCAAACAUUUACUUGAACCUAUUGCUGUGGACCCCAAAAAUCUGCAGAGGCAGUUAGAAGAGACCAAGGCUCUGCAAGGACAGAUAUCAAGUCAGCAGGUUGCUAUAGAGAAACUGAAAAAAACAGCUGAAGUACUUCUAGAUUCCGGGGGAUCUUCACUUCCAGCCAAAAAUGAGAUCCAGAAAACUCUGGAUGACAUUGUUGGGAGAUAUGAUGAUCUGUCCAAGUCUGUUAGUGAACGCAAUGAAAAACUCCAGAUAACCCUGACCCGUUCCCUGAGUGUGCAAGAUGGCUUAGAUGAAAUGCUGGACUGGAUGGGAAGUGUGGAAAGUUCUCUGAAAGAACAAGGUCAAGUGCCCUUAAACUCUGCAGCCCUUCAGGAUCUCAUCAGUAAAAACACUAUGUUGGAACAGGAUAUUGCAGGUCGCCAGAGCAGUAUAAAUGCCAUGAAUGAAAAAGUGAAGAAAUUUAUGGAAACAACAGAUCCAUCCACUGCUUCCUCACUGCAAGCUAAAAUGAAGGACCUAUCUGUUCGGUUUUCAGAAGCAAGCCAUAAACACAAAGAAAAACUUGCCAAAAUGGAGGAGCUGAAAACCAAAGUCGAACUCUUUGAGAACCUCUCAGAAAAGCUCCAGGCAUUUUUAGAAACAAAAACUCAGGCUCUUUCUGAGGUAGAUGUGCCAGGAAAAGAUGUUACUGAAUUGUCUCAGUAUAUGCAGGAAUCAACUUCUGAAUUCUUAGAACACAAGAAAGAUCUUGAAGUUUUACAUAACCUCCUGAAGGAGAUAUCCAGCCAUGGCUUACCAGGUGAUAAGGCUCUGGUUUUUGAAAAAACAAAUAACUUGUCAAAGAAAUUCAAAGAAAUGGAGGAAACUAUCAAAGAAAAGAAAGAAGCUGUAACUUCUUGUCAAGAACAGCUGGAAGCUUUCCAAGCCCUUGCUAAAUCAUUGAAGUCUUGGAUAAAAGAAACAACAGAACAAGUUCCCAUCGUGCAGCCUUCUUUUAGUGCGGAAGAUUUAGGAAAAUCCCUGGAAGAAACUAAGAAAUUACAAGAAAAGUGGAAUUUAAAAUCACCUGAGAUUCAGAAAGUAAAUAACAGUGGGAUCUCACUAUGUAACCUUAUAAGUGCUGUGACUACCCCUGCGAAAGCAAUAGCAGCAGUUAAAUCAGGUGGAGUAAUAAUAAAUGGUGAAGGAACAGACACAAAUACUCAAGACAUUUUGGCAAAUAAAGGUUUAACAUCCAUUAAAAAGGACAUGACUGACAUAAGUCAUGGUUAUGAAGAUCUUGGCCUCUUACUCAAGGACAAAAUAACUGAAUUGAAUUCUAAACUCUCCAAAUUGCAAAAGGCUCAGGAAGAAUCAAGUUCAAUGAUGCAGUGGUUGGAGAAAAUGAACAAAACUGCAAAAAAAUGGCAUCAUACCCCAACACCUACAGACACUGAAGCUGUGAAGACUCAGGUUGAACAGAAUAAGUCAUUUGAGGCAGAACUAAAGCAAAAUGUAAACAAAGUACAGGAGUUGAAAGACAAAUUGACGGAAUUGUUGGAGGAGAAUCCAGAUACUCCUGAGGCCCCCAAAUGGAAACAGAUGUUGACAGAAAUAGAUUCUAAGUGGCAAGAACUCAACCAAUUAACAGUUGAUAGACAACAAAAAUUGGAAGAAUCCUCCAAUAAUCUAACCCAAUUCCAGACCUUAGAGGCUCACUUAAAACAGUGGCUUAUGGAGAAAGAACUGAUGGUCAGUGUUCUUGGGCCCUUAUCAAUUGACCCAAAUAUGCUGAACACACAAAAGCAGCAGGUGCAGAUUCUGCUGCAAGAAUUCGAUACCCGGAAGCCUCAGUAUGAACAGCUAACAACAUCUGGUCAAGGCAUUCUGAGCAGACCUGGAGAAGACCCUUCUUUACAUGGGAUUGUGAAAGAGCAAUUGGCAGCUGUGACCCAAAAGUGGGAUGGCUUGACAGGACAAUUGAGUGACAGAUGUGACUGGAUUGACCAGGCCAUUGUCAAAAGCACUCAGUAUCAGGGCCUGCUAAGAAGCCUUUCUGAUAAGCUGAGUGAGCUGGAUGACAGACUCACCAGCAGUGUGGUGGUGAACACGCUUCCUGAUGCCAUGAACCAGCAGCUGGAAACAGCUCAAAACCUGAAGCAGGAAAUAAAGCAAGAAACAAAGCAGAUAAAAUUUGCUCAGGCACUCUGUGAGGACCUGUCAGCACUGGUUAAAGAAGAGUACUUGAAAGCAGAACUCAGUAGGCAACUGGAAGGCAUCUUAAAAUCAUUUAAGGAUAUUGAACAAAAAGCAGAGAAUCAUGUCCAGCACCUGCAGUCAGCCUGUGCAAGCUCUCAUCAAUUUCAGCAAAUGUCUAGAGAUUUUCAGAUUUGGCUGGAUACAAAGAAAGAAGAGCAAAACAAGUGUCAUCCAAUAUCAGCCAAACUUGAUGUCUUGGAGACAUUAAUUAAAGAUCAGAAAGACUUCAGUAAAACUUUGACUGCUCAGUCUAAUAUCUAUGAAAAAACCAUUGCAGAAGGUGAAAAUUUGUUACUAAAAACACACGGGUCUGAAAAGGCAGCCUUACAGUUACAGCUUAACACUAUUAAAACUGAUUGGGAUGGAUUUAAUAAGCAGGUGAAAGAAAGAGAAGACAAGUUAAAAGAUUCAUUGGAAAAAGCCCUCAAGUACAAAGAGCACGUAGAAACUCUCCGGCCAUGGAUUGAUAAAUGUCAAAACAAGCUGGAGGAAGUAAAAUUUUGCUUGGAUCCUGCUGAAACAGAGAAUUCUAUUGCCAAAUUAAAGUCUCUGCAGAAGGAAAUGGACCAACACUUUGGUAUGGUGGAAUUACUGAACAACACAGCCAAUAGUUUGCUCAGUGUUUGUGAGGUAGAUAAAGAGGUUGUUACAGAUGAGAAUAAAUCAUUGAUCCAGAAGGUGGACAUGGUCACUGAACAACUUCACAGUAAGAAAUUCUCCCUGGAGAACAUGGCCCAGAAGUUUAAGGAAUUUCAAGAAUCUUCCAAAGAAGCUAAAAGGCAGCUUCAGUAUGCAAAGGAGCAGCUGGAUGUCCAUGACUCCCUGGGACCCCAGGCUCACAGUAACAAAUAUCUGACCAUGUUGCAGACUCAGCAGAAAUCACUUCAGACUUUGAAGCAUCAGGUGGAUGUGGUCAAAAGGCUUGCACAGGACCUUGUAGUAGAAGCCUCAGACUCAAAGGGAGUCUCUGAUGUUUUAUUACAAGUAGAAACCUUAGCUCAAGAGCAUAAUACACUAAGUCAGCAGGUUGAUGAGAAGUGUUCAUUCUUGGAAACCAAGCUUCAGGGCAUAGGGCAUUUUCAGAACACCAUCCGAGAGAUGUUUUCCCAGUUUGCAGAAUUUGAUGAUGAACUGGAUGGCAUGGCUCCAGUGGGGAGAGAUGUGGAAACAUUGCAAAAGCAAAAGGAGGGCAUAAAAUCCUUUCUGAAGAAACUAGAAGCCCUCAUAGCAAACAAUGACAAUGCUAAUAAAACCUGCAAGAUGAUGCUAGCCACAGAAGAAACCUCUCCUGACCUUGUUGGAGCCAAAAGGGACUUGGAGGCCUUAAGCAAACGGUGCAACAAGUUACUGGACCGAGCUCAAGCCAGAGAAGAGCAGGUUGAAGGGACAAUUGAGCGUCUCGAAGAAUUCUACAGCAAAUUGAACAACUUUUCUACUUUGCUUCAGAAGGCUGAAGAACAUGAAGAGUCACAAGGUCCCGUUGGUAUGGAAACAGAGACAAUUAAUCAGCAACUUAAUGUAUUCAAGGUAUUCCAGAAAGAAGAAAUCGAACCCUUGCAGGUUAAACAGCAAGAUGUAAACUGGUUAGGUCAAGGCCUUAUUCAGAGUGCUGCUAAAAGCACCAGCACACAGGGUUUGGAGCAUGACCUGGACGAAGUCAAUACGCGGUGGAAGACUCUCAAUAAGAAGGUGGCUCAGAGAGCAGCCCAGCUGCAGGAAGCCCUAUUGCAUUGUGGGAGGUUCCAAGAUGCCCUGGAGUCCCUGCUCAGCUGGAUGGUAGAUACUGAGGAGCUUGUAGCCAAUCAGAAGCCACCAUCUGCAGAGUUCAAAGUGGUGAAGGCCCAGAUACAAGAGCAAAAGCUUCUCCAAAGAUUGUUGGAUGACCGCAGAUCCACUGUGGAGGUAAUCAAACGAGAAGGAGAAAAAAUCGCUGCCACAGCAGAACCUGCAGAUCAAGUGAAGAUUUUGAAACAGCUGAGUCUCUUGGAUAGUAGAUGGGAAGCAUUGCUUAAUAAAGCUGAAAUGAGGAAUCGUCAGUUGGAAGGUAUCUUGGUGGUAGCACAGCAAUUUCAUGAAGCCCUAGAACCACUGAAUGUGUGGCUCACGAGCAUAGAAGGGAGACUGGCAAAAUUAGACCCCAUAGGAACCUGCGCUGCCAAUCUUGAGGAGCAAAUUGCAAUGCACAAAGCCUUAGAAGAUGACAUCACCAGUCACAAUAAACAUUUACACCAGGCUGUUAGCAUUGGCCAAUCCUUAAAGGUUUUGAGCUCCAGGGAGGAUAAAGAUUUGGUGCAGAAUAAAUUAGACUUCUCUCAAGUGUGGUACAUUGAGAUUCAAGAGAAAAGUCACAGAAGGUCUGAGCUUCUCCAGCAGGCCUUAUGUAAUGCUAAGAUUUUUGGGGAAGAUGAAGUUGAGCUGAUGAACUGGCUGAAUGAAGUGCAUGAUAAACUGAGCAAGCUCUCAGUCCAGGAUUACAGCACUGAGGGACUGUGGAAGCAGCAGUCUGAACUCCGGGCUAUACAAGAGGACAUCCUACUCACGAAACCACAUGUAGAUCAGGUGUUACAAAAUGGUUUAGAACUGCUUAAGCAAACCACAGGUGAUGAAGUUUUAAUAAUUCAAGACAAAUUGGAAGCCCUUAAAGAAAAGUACAAAGACAUUACCACGAUGAGCACCGACGUAGCCAAGACUGUGGAGCAGGCGUUGCAGCUUUCAGGGCAGCUGCACUGCACGCAUGAAGAGCUGUGUACCUGGCUGGACAAAGUGGAGGUGGAAUUACUUUCAUAUGAGACUCAGGAUCUGAAAGGAGAAGCAGCAAGCCAAGCACAAGUGAGACAAAAAGAACUGAAAAAGGAAGCCAAGAACAACAAAACCUUACUGGAUUCUGUUAAUGAAGUGAGCAGUGCUUUGCUGGAAUUGCUACCAUGGAGGGCAAGGGAAGGACUGGAGAAAAUGGUGGCUGAGGACAAUGAACGCUACCGGUUAGUGAGUGACACCAUCACCCAGAAGGUGGAGGAGAUUGAUGCUGCCAUUCUGAGAUCACAGCAGUUUGACCAAGCGGCUGAUGCUGAGUUAUCCUGGAUUACUGAAACAGAGAAGAAAUUGAUGUCUCUGGGUGACAUUAGGCUUGAGCAAGACCAGACCUCUGCUCAGCUGCAGGUUCAAAAGACAUUCACCAUGGAGAUUUUGAGACAUAAAGAUAUUAUUGAUGAACUUGUUAAAUCUGGACAUAAAAUCAUGAGCACAUCCAGUGAAGAGGAGAAACAGUCAAUGAAGAAAAAACUGGACAAGUUAUUGAAGAACUACGAUUCCCUCUGCCAGAUAAACUCUGAGAGGUAUCUGCAGCUAGAACGGGCACAGUCCCUGGUUAACCAGUUCUGGGAGACAUAUGAAGAACUUUGGCCAUGGCUGACAGAAACACAAAAAAUCAUCUCUCAGCUUCCUGCCCCAGCCCUUGAGUAUGACACUCUAAGGCAACAGCAGGAAGAACAUCGGCAACUGCGAGAGUUGAUAGCCGAACACAAGCCUCAUAUAGAUAAGAUGAACAAGACUGGGCCACAGUUACUGGAAUUGAGCCCAGGGGAAGGCUUCUCUAUCCAAGAGAAGUAUGUGGCAGCCGACACCCUCUACAGUCAAAUUAAAGAAGAUGUCAAAAAGCGAGCUGUAGCACUGGAUGAAGCCAUUUCUCAAUCAACUCAGUUCCAUGACAAGAUCGACCAGAUCCUUGAGAGCCUGGAGCGCAUUGUGGAGCGCCUGAGGCAGCCACCUUCCAUCUCUGCUGAGGUGGAGAAGAUCAAGGAGCAGAUCAGUGAGAAUAAGAACGUAUCAGUAGAUAUGGAAAAGCUGCAACCACUGUAUGAAACUCUUAAACAGAGGGGAGAGGAAAUGAUUGCUAGAUCUGGCGGCACUGAUAAAGACAUAUCUGCCAAAGCUGUUCAGGAUAAACUUGACCAAAUGGUUUUCAUUUGGGAGAACAUACACACAUUGGUGGAAGAAAGAGAAGCUAAACUCCUGGACGUAAUGGAAUUAGCAGAAAAGUUCUGGUGUGAUCACAUGUCACUGGUAGUUACCACUAAAGAUACUCAAGAUUUCAUCCGGGACCUGGAGGAUCCUGGAAUUGAUCCUUCAGUAGUAAAACAACAGCAAGAAGCAGCAGAGGCCAUAAGGGAAGAAAUAGAUGGGCUACAGGAAGAGCUGGACAUGGUCAUUAACCUGGGUUCCGAACUCAUUGCUGCAUGUGGGGAACCUGAUAAACCCAUCGUCAAGAAGAGUAUCGAUGAGUUAAAUUCGGCGUGGGAUUCUCUAAAUAAAGCUUGGAAAGACAGAAUUGAUAAGCUCGAGGAGGCCAUGCAGGCUGCGGUUCAGUACCAGGAUGGACUGCAGGCAGUAUUUGACUGGGUCGAUAUUGCAGGUGGUAAAUUAGCUUCAAUGUCUCCAAUUGGAACAGACCUUGAAACUGUCAAGCAGCAGAUUGAAGAGCUAAAGCAAUUUAAGUCAGAGGCCUAUCAACAACAGAUAGAAAUGGAAAGACUGAACCAUCAAGCAGAACUUUUGCUGAAAAAAGUAACAGAAGAAAGUGACAAACACACAGUUCAAGACCCAUUAAUGGAACUGAAAUUGAUAUGGGAUAGCCUGGAUGAGAGAAUUAUCAACAGACAGCACAAGCUGGAGGGUGCUCUGUUAGCACUGGGUCACUUCCAGCAUGCUCUGGAUGAGCUCUUGGCAUGGCUGACGCACACUGAGGGCUUGCUAAGUGAACAGAAACCUGUUGGAGGAGACCCUAAAGCCAUUGAAAUUGAACUUGCUAAGCAUCACGUGCUUCAAAAUGACGUAUUAGCCCAUCAGUCCACAGUGGAAGCGGUUAAUAAAGCAGGAAAUGAUCUAAUUGAAUCAAGUGCAGGAGAAGAAGCAAGCAAUCUUCAGCACAAGCUUGAAGUUUUAAAUCAACGCUGGCAAAAUGUUCUGGAAAAAACAGAAAAAAGGAAGCAGCAGCUGGAUGGUGCCUUACGUCAGGCCAAAGGGUUCCAUGGCGAAAUCGAGGAUUUACAGCAGUGGCUUACUGACACAGAGCGUCAUCUGCUGGCAUCCAAACCUCUGGGAGGUUUACCCGAAACGGCCAGGGAGCAACUUAAUGCCCAUAUGGAAGUCUGUGCUGCCUUUGAUGUUAAAGAGGAAACAUAUAAGAGUCUGAUGCAGAAAGGCCAGCAGAUGCUUGCAAGAUGCCCCGAAUCUGCAGAGACAAAUAUUGACCAAGACAUAAAUAACUUGAAAGAAAAAUGGGAAUCAGUGGAAACCAAACUCAAUGAAAGGAAAACUAAACUGGAAGAGGCCCUCAACUUGGCAAUGGAGUUCCAUAAUUCCCUCCAAGACUUCAUCAACUGGCUCACCCAGGCUGAACAGACCCUAAAUGUAGCUUCUCGGCCAAGUCUUAUCUUGGACACAGUCUUGUUUCAAAUUGAUGAGCACAAGGUUUUUGCCAAUGAAGUAAAUUCUCACCGAGAGCAGAUAAUAGAACUGGACAAAACUGGAACCCACCUGAAGUAUUUUAGUCAGAAACAAGAUGUUGUCCUAAUUAAGAAUCUACUCAUCAGUGUUCAAAGUCGAUGGGAAAAAGUGGUUCAACGGUUAGUAGAAAGAGGAAGAUCUUUGGAUGAAGCAAGGAAGAGGGCCAAGCAGUUCCAUGAAGCUUGGACUAAACUAAUGGAAUGGCUGGAAGAGUCAGAAAAGUGUUUGGAUUCUGAACUGGAAAUUGCCAAUGAUCCAGAUAAAAUAAAAACACAGCUUGCACAGCAUAAGGAGUUUCAGAAAUCCCUUGGAGCCAAGCAUUCUGUCUACGAUACCACCAACCGAACUGGCCGUUCUCUGAAGGAGAAAACCACCCUAGCUGAUGACAACCUGAAGCUGGAUAACAUGCUGAGUGAACUCAGAGACAAGUGGGAUACCAUAUGUGGAAAAUCUGUGGAAAGACAGAACAAAUUGGAGGAAGCAUUGCUAUUUUCUGGACAAUUCACAGAUGCCCUGCAGGCCCUCAUCGAUUGGUUGUAUAGGGUUGAACCCCAGCUGGCAGAAGACCAGCCCGUUCAUGGAGACAUUGAUUUAGUGAUGAAUCUAAUCGAUAAUCACAAGGUUUUCCAAAAAGAACUGGGGAAGAGGACCAGCAGUGUGCAGGCACUGAAGCGCUCAGCCCGAGAGCUCAUAGAAGGCAGCCGGGAUGACUCCUCCUGGGUCAAGGUCCAGAUGCAGGAAUUAAGCACGCGCUGGGAGACUGUGUGUGCCCUGUCUAUAUCAAAGCAGACAAGAUUAGAAGCAGCUCUGCGUCAGGCAGAAGAAUUUCACUCUGUGGUACAUGCCCUCUUGGAAUGGCUGGCCGAGGCAGAGCAAACCCUGCGUUUCCAUGGUGUUCUCCCAGAUGAUGAGGAUGCUCUCCGGACUCUCAUUGAUCAACAUAAAGAAUUCAUGAAGAAACUAGAAGAAAAAAGAGCUGAAUUAAAUAAAGCCACCAGUAUGGGUGAUGCUGUUUUGGCCAUUUGCCACCCUGACUCCAUCACCACCAUUAAGCACUGGAUAACAAUCAUCCGGGCCAGGUUCGAGGAGGUGCUGGCCUGGGCAAAGCAACAUCAGCAAAGAUUGGCAAGUGCCCUGGCUGGGCUCAUUGCUAAACAGGAAUUGUUGGAAGCUUUGCUGGCUUGGUUGCAAUGGGCCGAAACAACACUAAGUGAUAAGGAUAAAGAAGUCAUCCCCCAGGAGAUUGAAGAGGUGAAAGCCCUCAUUGCAGAACACCAGACCUUCAUGGAGGAAAUGACCAGAAAACAGCCUGAUGUUGAUAAAGUCACCAAGACCUAUAAGAGGAGAGGAGCUGAUCCUUCCUCGUUACAAUCCCAUAUUCCAGUCUUGGAUAAGGGACGAACUGGAAGAAAACGCUUCCCAGCAUCAAGCUUAUAUCCCUCUGGAUCACAAACACAAAUUGAAACUAAGAAUCCCAGGGUAAACUUACUGGUGAGCAAAUGGCAGCAAGUCUGGCUCCUCGCAUUGGAAAGAAGGAGAAAGCUCAAUGACGCCUUGGACAGGCUAGAGGAGUUGAGGGAAUUUGCUAACUUCGAUUUCGACAUCUGGCGCAAAAAAUAUAUGCGGUGGAUGAAUCACAAGAAGUCUCGAGUGAUGGACUUUUUCAGGAGAAUUGACAAAGACCAGGAUGGGAAGAUCACCCGGCAGGAAUUCAUUGAUGGAAUUCUUUCCUCAAAGUUCCCCACCAGUCGCCUGGAGAUGAGUGCAGUCGCAGACAUCUUUGAUAGAGAUGGUGAUGGAUACAUUGACUACUAUGAAUUUGUAGCAGCCCUUCACCCAAAUAAAGAUGCAUAUAAACCUAUCACAGAUGCUGACAAAAUUGAAGAUGAGGUAACAAGGCAGGUAGCUAAGUGUAAAUGUGCAAAACGAUUUCAAGUUGAACAGAUUGGUGAUAACAAGUACAGGUUCUUCCUGGGAAAUCAGUUUGGAGACUCCCAGCAGCUGCGACUGGUUCGGAUCCUGCGAAGUACAGUGAUGGUUCGAGUUGGAGGAGGAUGGAUGGCGCUUGAUGAGUUCUUAGUGAAAAAUGAUCCGUGCAGGGUUCAUCAUCAUGGGAGUAAAAUGUUACGUUCGGAAUCAAACUCUUCAAUUACUACUACUCAGCCUACUAUAGCUAAAGGAAGAACCAACAUGGAGCUGCGUGAGAAGUUCAUUUUAGCAGAUGGUGCCAGUCAGGGUAUGGCUGCUUUCCGACCCCGGGGACGCCGAUCCCGGCCUUCCUCACGAGCAGCUUCGCCCAACAGAUCUACUUCUGUGUCCAGUCAGGCUGGCCAGGCAGCCUCCCCACAGGUCCCUGUCACCACCACACCCAAGAUUCUCCAUCCUUUAACACGCAAUUAUGGUAAACCAUGGUUGACAAACAGCAAAAUGUCAACUCCUUGUAAACCAGCAGAGUGCUCAGACUUUCCCGUGUCAUCUGCAGAGGGAACACCAAUACAGGGAAGCAAGCUGCGACUUCCAGGGUAUUUAUCAGGGAAAGGCUUCCACUCCGGAGAGGACAGUGGCUUGAUAACAACCGCAGCUGCCAGAGUCCGAACACAGUUUGCUGAUUCCAAAAAGACUCCCAGCCGACCAGGAAGCCGAGCAGGAAGCAAAGCUGGUAGCAGGGCCAGCAGCCGCCGAGGCAGCGAUGCAUCAGACUUUGACAUUUCAGAAAUCCAGUCCGUGUGCUCAGACGUGGAGACUGUCCCCCAGACACACAGACCUUCACCCCGAGCAGGUUCUCGGCCAUCUACAGCCAAGCCUUCCAAAAUCCCCACACCUCAGAGGAAGUCACCUGCCAGCAAAUUGGACAAGUCCUCAAAGAGAUAGUGCAAUUGGUUCCACCAAGGCCCUUCCUUAUUCAUUUAUUAUUUAAGUUUGAACAAUGUAAAAUAUGAUGUAGAAAUUAUUGUGAAAUAUUGCAAGAGGUGAGUUUAAAAUUCUGAAGAUGGCCUUAUUUGUGUAUUUGUCUUUUUAUUUGAUCUGUAUCAUUUUUUGGUCAGAUAUUCUGGGGUUAAAGUCACAUCAUAUGUGAUGGGGAAGAAAGAGUUUAACAUGAACUAACACUUCUGCACUGUAUUGUGUAGAGCAUACACUAAAAUCAGUUACUGUACCUACAGGUAAGUCUGCAUCCUCUCUGACAACCACGGCACUACAUUGAUAACUAACAUUAAGGAUACCUCAUGACAUUUUCUUAUUUUUAUGGAAAUUCUGAAUAGCCAAAAAAUGACGCACCAGGGAUAUAUUUUGAGAUGAUGUAAAUGUAAACUAAGAAGUGGAAGGCAAAAGACGAACACAUCCAUACACAGUUCUUCAAGCAGUAUCUGACAGAGAACCCACAGGAGGUUACUUCAGGCACUUACCAGUACCACAAUAUUCAAGUACCCUGCAGCAUUUCUGUGCCAUUGCUUUAAAUGCGGCCAGAGGCGUCCUGGACGUUAGACCUAAUAUAAUGUAAGAAUAUAAUUAUAAAGUGCAUUCAUAUAAAUGUGAGGUUUUCUUUCGCUUGAGUGGACAGUAGCACCUGUAUCAUUGAACUCAUUUUGUAACAAAGCAAUUUUGCUUGCAAAAAGCUAUGAAAUAAAACAUGUCCCUUAACUACAUUGCUAUGGAAUUAAUUUUUUCCCCAGGGAAAAUUGGUGUAUUUUUUUAUGAGCAGUAUCAAUUUGGAGUGACCAAAAGAUACUUAAAAUGGGUUUAUUUUGAUUUCUGAACAUCUGAAAUAAUCAUGUUCUGAUAUUAUAUCUACCUAUAUUUAAUAAAUAUAUACAUUUUAAUUUAUUAUGUAUACUCACAUACUAUAGAAAGAUAUUAGUAUGCAUUUAAUAAAACAUAUUCACUUGA